AUGAACAAAAUGGAAAUUCACAAAGUUCCCACUACAAGUUUCCUAAUUCCCGAGCAGUGUAUAUUAUUUAAAAAAUUCCUCUCUUUUACGCGUUUCAAUCUGUUAACAUAAGUUUCUUCAACAACUGUAUUAUGUAAUAAUCAAUGAUAAUCGAUUUGGCACAUAAACGAAACACAUAUAUCCAAAAUGAUAAAAACUGGUAGAGAAUUAGGAAAAUGGUUGAAAUUUGGUGAAUUUCUAUCAUCACUAUCAUCAGCACAUAACUUGAGUUACACUUUUUCUAUGAAUUUCCAUAGGAGAUGCAGGAUAUCCAUUGAGGCCAUGGCUGCUAACUCCGUUAAGGGAUCAUCUUACUCAGCCCAUCUCACUAUCCAAUAAUAUACACGGUUAUAAACAUUCUCUCAAAUUUUUAAAUCGAAAUUCGAAUUACUUCGGUCACUACAGCGUUUCUUAGAGAAAGGCACUGGAGCGUGACCGCGUGAGCGCACCACGCAGGUGUGUAUACGGCUAACCUGAGGAAUGUUUACAGUUUCGAGAGACAUGAUAAAUAGCAUAGCCCCCCGCCUAGCAGCGGGUCUGGGGGGUCCAGCUCCCACCACGCGUAUAGUUUCAAAGCGUAUGCUUUUUAAAUUUUGUAGAGGGAUUGUAAACUGAAAGUACACAAUUCGAAACUAUACAUACCUGUUACAAGAGUUCAUAACAAACGUUUACGCAUCACGAUCGCGGAAAAUGGCGCCGGACGGCUAGAGACGUGGAUAGAGCGUGGAACGGUUUGUGGUUUUUUUGUGUGGAAGAGCGGGAAUUGAAACACCGAUAAGGAUCAGGAAGGAAAAUUAGUGAGUGGGAGUAUAGUAGAGGUGGAAAUCACAGGCGGGAAAUUCGAGGAAGAGAAACCUGAAGGACUUUAAUCUCCCUGGGGAAGACAUACUUCCACCAGGGAGAGAGAGAGAAAGAUGGGAGGCAUCGAAGGAGAAAACGUACGGCCAAUGAGGGCGGAAAAAAUGGCGGAAGUCCCCUAAGAGGAAACAUGUGAAUAGAACUCAGUGAACAGAAAUAUUGGAAAAAAAGAUAAUAAUCCGGCGAGAAAAGACGCGUACACGCGCAAAAUAGCGAGUACAGAACGAGGAGAAUAAGUGAAAGUGUGGAUGGAAAAAAGUGAAAAGGUGGUGCAAGGAAAUACCAAGUGUAAAGUGAAGCAGUAAAAAAGUGAGGCUAUAAUGGAUAGUGAGAAGAGGAAGGAGGAGAGAAGAGUAGAAAUGGCGAUACCAAAUCACAAAAUGGAAGAAACUAGAAGAAGAGGAGAAAGGAAACUCCCUAGCCUGGUGGAUUCUAGGGAGUUCCAACAGUUGGAGGGUGGCAGGACUCCCAGAAAAGGAAAUGUAAAGAAUAAAAUAGAGGGUGCUGAAGAAGCGGAAGCGCAAAAAGUAAAUGAAGAGAGGAAAAAGAAGGAGAAAGUAAGGGGAGAAAAUGCGCAGUACCCAUAACGAGAAGCACAGUGACGAAGGAAAGUACAAAAGUAAAAAAACAUAAAAUAGAGAAUAGAAUCGAAGAGAGUAGAAAUAAGAUAGUAAGAAAAAUUAAAGAAGGUAAGAGAAAGGAAAAAGAGGAGGCAAAAAAAUAUAUUAAAGAAUUUAUUAAUAAAAUAGGGGGAGAUAGAGACGUGCAGCAACACGUGGUCGGGUGGUACGGAAUACCCCACGAACAAGGAGCCACACAAAGGCAACACGAUUUAACAGAGGAGGAAAUACCAGAGGAGGAGGAUACGAACUCGAAGGAUUUCCUCAAUUUCUUCGAAGUUAUUGUAAACUACGAAAAAGCGUCCAAGAGCAAAAAAGUUAAUUACCUAAGGAUCUUCAAGGCGGUACAAACAGGAAUGAAAGUAUUUGAAAGACUGUGCAAUUGUGGAAUAGAAAACAUGGCAGUUAGAAUCCCUAAAAGAGCAACGGAGCGAUGGGGAGUAAUAAGGGAUUGGGAGUAUUCACCCAAAGAGCUCGAAAAAGCUGCUGUACCGGGACAGAGCAUAAAAACAGUAGAAAGAAUGAAGAAAAGGGUCAAGGUGGAAAGAGGCUACGACUACAUAGAGUCUCCGCUGAUAUUAAUAAAUUUUAACGGUGACAGCCUGCCAACGAGACUUGUCAUAUAUAACGGGAUCACAAGUUUGGGGAUAACCCCCUACAUAAGGAACAUAAAACAGUGUUUCGAUUGUAUACGAUUUGGCCAUUUUAAGAAGUUCUGUAGAAUACAAACGAGGUCAUGUUUCAACUGUGGGCGAGAGGCGCACGGUGAAUGCUCAAGAGAAAAGAAAUGUGUAAAUUGUGGAGGACACAGUGCCCUUAGCAGAGAGUGCAUGAUGUGGCAGUGGGAGCAUGCGACAAACAAAUUGACAGCCUACAAGAACCUGUCGUAUACAGAGGCCAGGGAGGUAGCGAGAAAAGAGCUGGGUAUCCAGGAAAGGAGAAGCCAAGGCUACAGACAGAACAAUAAAGACAGUUGUAGGUACAAUGAUAAGGAAUUCCCAAGAAUAGGAGAAAAAAAUAUGAUAUAGGAAGGAAGGCAUAGAAAAAUGGGAAGACAGAGAAUGUAACAUAAGGACUUCGUACUGAGGAAAAAGGAACGAGGCACCCAAAGGUAGAAACUACAGAAGGAACGAUAGACUGAAUGAAACAGAAGAGAUGGAGAGAGAUCCAUACCCGAGUGAAGUAUACCACAGGGAUCCGAUGGACAAAGAAUACAAAAGCUACUGCACGUUUUCAAGAAAACCAAAAGAACAAACAACUGAAAAUUGGAAAAAAAACCAACAUCACAGAGCAGGAUAUUCAACCUCUGUUGGAUUGGAUCAAAGAAAGUAAAAUCGAGGAUUUCAUUAUGAAUAAAAUAAACAGAAACAGAAGAUUCCAACACCCAAAGAGAAUAGACAAAGAUGACGAAGGUUAUUGGAAAAUCAGAAAAGAACAUAGACAGAUAAAAAUAGACAAAGGCCCGGAAUAUUCGAGGCAGAAUCUACCCAAAUAUUCGCCGGCAAAUACUAUGGACAAGGAAAAAUACAGCUUUGAGAAACAGGAGAAAGUAAGGGACAUAUACAGGUUCGGAAAGACAUAUGAGAGGACAAGACAAGACAACAGGGACACACAAAGAUUCUUAAAAAAUACAGAUGUAGUCGAAGCAAGAGCAUCAACAUCAAAACAGACAGACGAAGAAGAAUGGAGACAAACAAUGGUAAAAGGUUAUUUCAAUAACGUAGACAAGCAAGUACCAUGCAUGUCGGAAGAACACUGGGAGGAUACACAGGAAAAGAAUACAGAGACUACGAAGGAGGUAGCGAUAAUAAUCCUAGAAACGCAAAAGGAUAUAGAGAUCGACAUGGAAACAAUGGAAGAAAUCCAGCAAGAAAAGCAAGUAACAACAGACGGGGCAAGUCUGCUGAUAGUCAACACAGAAGAGGAGAUAGAACCUAAAAAACAAGACAUAGAGGCAAAGGUCGAGGAGGACUCGAUGGAAGCAGUCGAAAAGAAAAAUGUAUACCCAGACGGAGGGACAUCCUGGGAAGAACAGGCAGAAGAAUCAGGGUAAGUCGAGCUCGAUUUAUUGUAAAUCAAUUGCUACUCAGUUAAAAAGAAAUCAGAUAGUAGAAAAGUUGUAAAAUAGAUAAGUUUCGGUAGAAAAUAAGUACAAAAGCAAUAAAAAGAAAAAGAGAAGUAGGUUAACAUAAAAGUACAAAAGUAUAGAAUUAGAAAUAGGUAGGAAAUAAAUAAAAGGCACAAAAAAAAUUUAAUAUAUUAUAAUAAAUAAACUUAAUAUUAUUCAAACAGGUAUAAAGGAUGUCAAAUAAUGUAAAUAUAGGAUUAUGAAACGCACACAGUCUUGUUGAAAAAAGCAACGAUUUACUAAACAUUAUAGACGAUUAUGAUAUAUUAUGUAUAUGCGAGACAUGGGUACACGAGUUCCCGUUAAAAAAUAUAAAAGGAUAUGUAACCAGGCACAACGAAAUACCGAUAUCAGAAAGGAGAAAAACACACGGUACACCAGGAACAGGAAUGGUAGUUAUUCAUAGAGAAUCUAUGAAUAUUAAAUUUAAUAGGGACAUAUACAUUCCGAACAAAAUGGAAUACAUGCAAUUCCAAAUAUUAGACAUUAACGAUAUAGUAAUUUUCCCAAUAACAUUAUUCUAUAGGAAUCCCAAUAAACAAUUUAGUAAGAAAGAUUGGACAGAUCUUUUUAACGAAUUGGACAUAACAGACGAGACUAUAAUACUAGGAGACUUCAACGCAAAACAUAUGAACUGGAAUUGCAACAACGCGGACCGUUCAGAAAUAGCAUUAGACAGCGAGUUAGAUAAAUUUAAUAAUACAUAAUACGGACACCAUAACGAGACAGAGCAAAGGGGUAACAGCAUCCAACAUAGAUUUAAUAGUGACUAAACCACACCUCACAAGUUGCAUAAAGUAUUCAGAAUCUAAUAUAUGUUUAGGAUCGGACCAUCAAAUUUUAAAUAUUCAAAUACAGAUAAACGACAACGUAGGACUAAACGAAGACGACAAAAAGAACAGAAGAAACAACAGACUGUACAAAGACAAAAACAACGUGGACUGGAGACGAUUUAGGGAACAAUUAGAGUACGAGAAAGACAAUUUUUUGAACAAAAUGGAAAAAUUAAGCGAAAUCGACGAAAGAUACGACCUAUGGACAGAGACAAUAAUUGAAAUAUUCAAACAAAAAACAGAUAAAAAAGACAAAGAGAACAAUACAAACAGAAACAAAGAAAAGGACAUAUUUAGAUCAACAAACAAGAGGAAGAAGACAGAGGAAAAUCACAAUAGAAAUAGAAAAUUCUGGUGGGACGAAGAAUGUCAAGAGGCAUGGAAAAAAUGGAGGAAAAGCAUGAAUAAACUCUGAAAGACAGGAGAAACAGAAGACUUCAUAAUCAUGUCCGAGUAUAGACAGAACUGAAAACAAGGAAAAAGGAUGCAGCCUAGACGAACUUUACAAACGACAUAGCAAGGGAAAAAGACGUAGGAAAGAUUUGGAAAAAAGUAAAAGGUAUUAAAAAUUUCUUUAUCAAAGAGAAAUCAGUAAUGGGAGAAUACGAAAAUCCCGAAAGAAUGGAAAACUGGAAGGAUAUGUUUCAUAGACAAACCAGGUAAGGCAACCAUCAGACCAAUCACCCUGACAUCGUGUCCAGGCAAAUUAAUUGAGAAAGUGAUUAACAAUAGGUUAACCCUCUGGGCAGAAAAAAACAGAAUAAUAGACGAGACACAAGCUGGAUUUAGGAAAAAAAGAUCGACAAUAGACAAUUUAAACCAAGUGGUAUCACAAACGAAACAAAAUGC